UAACCCUUUUGGACUACGCCCAUGUGCCAGCAAUCAUCUGUUUCACUUUCAUCCAACACCAUGUUUCACAACAUUUUCAAACGCUCGCUUCAGGCGAGUUUUAGACAAAUAUAUACCAUAAAUAACUGCAAUCCUUUGCGAGCAAGCUCCAGCAGUCCCCAUGGCGAUGUCAAGGAUGCACUGGAGAUCGAGGCCAAUCUGUUUGGCAAUUCUGGACAGAAGCAUGAGCCGGUAAACACGCGGGAGGCUUUACGCAAGAACCGCUCCAAGUCGUUUGGAGCGCGGAAGAAUAAGGAGAAUAAGAGGGAAGGUCCAGUGAAUCCCCCAAAAUUUACUGCAACUUCGGAUCCUCCCAGGUUCAGUGUCCCUCGAGCACAUCCUCCUCCCGCUCCAAUCAUCAAAGACAGCGAACUGAACCUGGAGUUUGUACGUCUCACGCUGCAGGAUCCACUGACCAGCACUUUGUUAACUACUGUACGGUCCAAAAAGCGGCGCGACAAGAACCGUCAGAUCAUCCUCGAGGGCAGAAGACUCAUCCAGGAGGCCCUGCAGUGCGGUCUCAAAAUGCAGACGCUCCUCUUCAGUCAGAAGGAUCAGUUGGCGUUGGUCAAGGAGGAGGUGGGAAAAGCCCAACAAGGCACUGGGUCGAAAAUCUACAAGGUGCCACAACAUGAUCUUAAGACCUGGUCCUCGCUGGUCACCCCUCCCGGUCUGAUGGCCAUUUUCGAUCGCCCGUCAGACAAGGGCUUGGAGAGCAACCUGGCGGAACAGGAGCGAGUGGGCACUAAGCCCUUGCCUGUAACGGUGGUGUGCGACAACAUCAGGGAGCCCAACAACCUGGGCAGCAUCAUCAGGACCUGUGCAGCCCUUCCAUGUAGUCAGGUGGUAGUCACCCACGGCUGCUGCGACCCUUGGGAGUCGAAGGCCCUCCGAGGCGGCUGUGGGGGACAGUUUAGGAUUCCCAUUCUGGACGAUGUUACCUGGGAGGAGCUCUCGAACAUCAUACCCCCGGAAGUUUCAAGCGACUGUCGGGUGUUCAUCGCAGAAAACAAUCUGGAGAAGAGGGAGAGCCACGAGACCAUCGACUAUGCGGAUAUUAGUGAUGUGGGAGCUCAAAACUUCCUGAUAAUUGGCGGAGAAAGCCAUGGAGUCAGUGAGGCUGCUUACAGGUUCAAGCACUUGGUUGGAGGAAAGGGAAAGUGCGUUUAUAUUCCCUUGGCAGCUGGAAUCGAUAGCUUGAAUGUGGCCUCUGCCCUCACGCUGUUGCUCUUUGAGCUUCGAAGGAAAAUAAAUCAGCAGGCAGAAGCUGGAGCUCUGGCUCUAUGAUUCUGUUGUAUAAUUAGUCCUGAAGAACAAGAAACUUUUGCCUAAAACUUGAAACAAUAAAAAGUAUUUCACAAGGAAUUUUUGAAAUCAAUAGUUAAAAAAAGACUCUGCAUUCUUCGCGGUUCACUUUAUGUAAAUUUAUUGCUAAGCUGUUUCACAAUUAUAAGGGCAAAUAAUAUAUACAUUAAAUUCAA